GUUUUUGCGUUUCGUCUAUCUGGGUUGUUGUGAUCUGGCAUCCAGCGGGCGAAAUGCCUGGUGAACAGCGGCCCCCGAGGCAACGUGAAUACAACCCGAACGAAAAUGUCAAAUGAGAAAUCCAACCACUACGUCACUCUAGGAGUCUCUCGGACCGCGCCGGCCAGCACAAUCAGGUCGGCGUACCUUCGCCUAGCCAAACAAUAUCACCCUGAUCUGAACGUAAGCGCAUCCAGCACAGAGAAGUUCAAGAGAAUACAAGAAGCGUACGCUGUGCUGCGAGAUGCGGAGAAACGCGCUGACUACGAUGCGACUCUCCCGAGCUCCGUUGGUGGAGAGGGCGGGUACGCUUCCGGACGCAGACACGGCUUUCGAGGCGCUGAGUGGAGAGGCGAGCGAGAAUUCGACCAGCAUUUCAGAGAACAGGUAGAACGGAUACAGCGGGAAAGGGACCAGGCGUUAAAGGACAUGGAGAAUCAACGGACCAGAAGCGGAUUCACUUCCUCAUUUGGAGGUUUUCGCGCACCGAGAACACAAGCGCCCGGAGGCGGCAUGCCCCCUCCUGGCUUCUCUCCCCUUCCUCAUGCGCUGCUCCGCACUCUUCCGCUGCUUCUGCUCCCUUGCCUUCUUGUCUACGGGGUGUAUCGACAUGCAAAGUUUCGUCGAGAUAACUACGCUGCUUCACCAUCUCCCAGUCCUAUUCUGUACGACGACCUAGGUCGAGCGUUCAUGACUGACUCGAAAGGCAGGCAGUACCGUGUCAUGGAGUUCGACGUCCGUGGUACUAGACCCGGUGGUUCCUAA